AUGGACUCUUCCAAUGUGCUACGUAUCAUUGCAGAGAUCAGUACUCAGGCACUUCGAACAAACGAUGACCAACAGAGACGGAGCCAGGAGUGUCGCGCGCUGCGUGAGGCACUCAGACAGAGGACUUCCGAGCUGGAAGAGGCGACUAAGUUAGCCGACGUCCUAUAUGAGACAUGCCAGCAAAUGGGUGCUGUGAUCGAUCAACUUCUUAAGGAUCGCGGGACUGGAGGCCAACAAUCAGAGUCGAUUGAGAUCCUGUUGACCAAAGUGCUGCGCCAGCGGGAGGGACGCGGAGAGGAGCGGGCACAGCAGGAUGGCAGCCAUGAUGUUGACCAAGAUAUGACUGGGUUAAUGGCUAUCGGAGGAGGUUCAGCCUCAGCCUCGGUUCGCGUUCAUCCUGUAAGCAGUUGA